AUGCGACGACUGAAGGCCAGGGCCACUGAGCUGUACCAGAAGGGAGUCUUCCGUGCUGCCUCCAGCCAGGUGGUGCUGUCGGGCUUGGGGCAAGUCUUCGAGACGCGGAGUGUCCCGGACUUUCGGAGCACCAUCCCGGUAAAGGACGUGGAUGUGUUCAUCAGCCAUUCCUGGUCCGCUGGCCGGUGGGAGAAGUACCUGGCCCUGUGCUACUUUCUGAAUAUCGGUUUGGCAGCAAAGGCAGCAGCCGCAUCUGCCAUGCUUUCCGAAGCCCUGAUGCUGGUUUUUCCCGAUAUGUCCAUCCACAUGAUGUUCCUUUUGCUGCUGGACCUGCCAGUUGUUGCCUUCUUCUUGUUCUUCUUCUUUGGGCAGCACCUCACUUGGGGAGUCUGGGGUCCCCGCUUCUGGCUGGACAAGCUUUGUGUGGACCAAACCGAUGAGACAACGAAGGCCGAAGGGAUCGCAGGCUUGCCCACGAUCGUGGCGAACUCCUGUGAAUUGCUCGUCCUGUGGGACAAGUCAUACUACGAGCGGCUUUGGUGCAACUUUGAGCUGUCGAUUUUCUUCAAAGGAAACGGUCUCAAGAAUUUGCGGCUUGUGCCACUGUGGCUCACUCCGUGGCUGCUGACGACGAUGUUGCUCUCCUACGUUUCGGCUCGCCUCGUUGCUGUCUUCACUGAGUCUGAACCCAGCUUCGGCGUCAAUGACACCACCAAACUCUCCGGAGUUGCGGGCAACGCGCUGGUAUUCGGUCUGAAGCGGUUCUGUGGGUAUGCAGUGGCAAGUCAAGCCUAUCUUUGCUUCUGUCUGCCGCCAAUCAUUGUCGGCAUCGUCUCCUUUCAACAGAAGCUGAACGGACACCGAGAUAUGCUGGAAAGCAUGAAGUCCUUCGAUGUACGCAACGCCAAGUGUACCGUGGAGAAGGACCGUUCAGUCAUCGAGGCUCAAGUUGCAGAGCUCUUCGACGGAUUGGAGGAUCCCAUUAUCGCUGUGCCCAUCGACGCGGAGAAGUCAGGCGAGGACGAGCGGCAGGAGCUCAUCGACUUAUCCUUGACCUACUCAGCUCGGCUAGCUGUGCGCUCCGUCACGGGCUUUGCGAACCAUGAAGACUGCCUGGAAGAGUUCAACAAGUACGUACAAGGCCCAAUGCGUGCUGCAGUUGUCGAAGACCUUGGGGACGUGACGGACAUACCUUAUGCUGUCUGUCUGCUGGCCAUGUUUCCCUGGACCUUGUCGUUUGCUCCCGUUUCUUGGGCUGGAAGGCCUUCACUUCACGCGCUUGGCUAUCAAUCUGACUUCGAGUAUUCGGUCGUAAUGCUGAUUGAAUUCCUGUUCUUCAUGCUGGUGUACCCGGCAGCAUAUCCCUAUUUGCUUCGAUGUGUCCGAUGUCUCGACAGCCUCGACCCUGGCUUUCUGCGUGCCUCCUCGGCCUUCGUCUGUGGAUUACUGAUUUUCAGUCUUGUGCAGCUUGAGAAUGCUUUUGCAGCCACGACUUUGGAGAGCUUCACAUUCACACGGCAUCCAGCUUUCCUUGGCCUCUUCGUGCUCACAGUUGUCGCCGCCAUCUUCCAACACUGUGUGCUCUUUGGUGCCGGGUGGCCACAAAAGUCCAGCAGGGAAGUUGGGAUGCAGGCUUGA